AUGGAGAGCCGAAAGGACAUGGUUAUGUUUCUGGAUGCGGGUCAGCUUGGUACUCUGGUUGGCAAGAGGGUCUCCAAUUUGUCCGAAGCCGUGGGCAGCCCGCUGCCUGAGCCGCCCGAGAAGAUGGUGCCCCGUGGUUGCCUGAGCCCGCGGGCCGGCCCUCCGGCUGCCCGGGAGCGCGGCGGGGGAGGCCUGGAGGAGGAGCCGGUCGACGGACUAGCAGGCAGCGCGGCGGGGCCGGGCGCCGAGCCUCGGGCAGCCGGGGCUGCGGUGCUCGGCCCCGGACCUCCGGCCCCCUCCGCCGACAGCCUCACGGGUCAGGGGCAACCUAGCAGCUCGGACACCGAGUCGGAUUUCUAUGAAGAAAUCGAGGUGAGCUGCACCCCGGACUGCGCCACGGGGAACGCCGAGUACCAGCACAGCAAAGGGCCCAGCUCAGAGGCACUGGCCAGCAGUCCCAACAGCGGCAGCGAGGCCCCCAAGAGCAGCAGCAGCAGCGGCAGCUCACAGGGCACCCUGGCCUGCAGCGCCAGUGACCAAAUGCGCCGCUACCGCACCGCCUUCACCCGGGAGCAGAUUGCCCGGCUGGAGAAGGAGUUCUACAGGGAGAACUAUGUGUCCAGGCCGCGGAGAUGUGAGCUGGCCGCCGCCCUAAACCUGCCGGAAACCACCAUCAAGGUGUGGUUCCAGAAUCGGCGCAUGAAGGACAAACGGCAGCGGCUGGCCAUGACGUGGCCGCACCCGGCCGACCCCGCCUUCUACACGUACAUGAUGAGCCACGCGGCGGCCGCGGGCGGCCUGCCCUACCCCUUCCCGUCGCACCUGCCCCUGCCCUACUACUCGCCCGUGGGCCUGGGCGCCGCGUCCGCCGCGUCCGCCGCCGCCUCGCCCUUCAGCGGCCCGCUGCGCCCGCUCGACACCUUCCGCGUGCUCUCGCAGCCCUACCCGCGGCCCGAACUGCUGUGCGCCUUCCGGCACCCGCCGCUCUACCCCGGCCCGGCUCACGGACUGGGCACGGCGGCCGGCGGCCCCUGCUCCUGCCUCGCCUGCCACAGCGGCCCGGCCAACGGGCUGGCGCCCCGCGCCGCCGCCGCCUCGGACUUCACCUGUGCCUCCACCUCCCGCUCGGACUCCUUCCUCACCUUCGCGCCCUCGGUUCUCAGCAAGGCCUCCUCCGUCGCGCUGGACCAGAGGGAGGAGGUGCCCCUCACCAGAUAA